GAGAUUUCCAAUCAUGGUGGACGUUACGUAUAUGGGAGAAAUCACAGCCAUAGCCGCUAGGAUUAGUGUGGAUCUUUCCCAAAUCGAUCUUGACUCCAUUCAUCUUCCUCCUAGUGAAGAUUGUGGCAUACCCAGUGAUGAUGAUGACUUAAUGGAGGAGGACCCCUUGGAGUUUGAUGCUGGUUUUGGGAACAUACUGGUGGUGGACAAUCUUCUUGUGGUGCCUAAAGAGAAAUUUGAGAAGUUGGAAGGAGUAGUUCGGAAAAUUUACAGCCAACUUGGUGUUAUUAAGGAGGAUGGUCUCUGGAUGCCUAUUAAUCCUGAGACUCAGAAAACCCUUGGGUACUGCUUCAUCGAGUAUAAUACUCCUCAGGAAGCUGAGCUGAGUAAGGAGAAGACACAUGGAUACAAGUUAGAUAGGUCGCAUAUAUUUGCUGUUAACAUGUUUGAUGACAUUGAGAAAUUCCUAAAAGUUGUCGAUGAGUAG